CAUUCACAAGUUCACUGCCUCCCCACCUAACUCUUGGUGCUGCCCUGGUGCACCAGCUAAAUGAAUCCGCCGGAAACUGAGUACUUGCAAUUCCCCCCCCCCCCAGCAUCUCUGAGGCAGUGAUCAGCAAGGAUACCUGUAAUACGCGGGGUGUAAGACGCAGCUGUCCGGUUGAGGCCUUCCUAUCAAUGGCUGUGCCAGGUGUAAACAAGGAUAAUAUCAGAGCGGGAUGUAAAAAGUGUGGCUAUCCUGGCCAUCUGACAUUUGAAUGCAGGAACUUUCUCCGCGUGGACCCACAGAGGGACAUUGUGCUAGAUGUCAGUAGCACGAGCAGUGAAGACACCGAUGAAGAAAUUGAGAUUUUAAAUAAACCCCCAGUUUCUGCAGAAACGAAAAAUGUGGCAGACGUAGGAAAGAAGAAACUGAAGAAAAAGAGAGAGAAAACAAAGAAGAAGCUGAGGAAAAGUUUUACAGUGCAUGGUACACUUCAUUGCAGAUCCCAUUCAUCAAGUGAAUCCGAUGAUGGUCCAAAACCGAAGAAAAAGAAAAGCGUCAAAAAAGUAAAAAGCAAAUCCAAAAAAGCAAAACUACACAAGAAAGGCAAGAAAAAAAGGAAGCAGGAGCAUCAUUCUUCCUCUUCCUCCUCCAGCAGUUCAGAAACAUCCAGCAGUGACUAAGGGAUUCCAUUUAAUACCAAGAACAAUGUACAUACAAGUCUGGGGGAUCCAUCAUUAUGCAAAACAAUCGCAACUGUUAUUGAAGGUGAUGAAAAUAGCUUUAGCUGUAUAACUGGGAUUUCUGGCUUUCUUAGACUCUAGAUUAUUUCAGCAAACACUGCAGCAUUACAUUUUAUGGUUGGCGUAAGCAAAAAAAAAAGUAAGGAACUCUUGACCAAUACGGUGACACCGUUAUAAUCAUAAUGAAUACAAAAUCCAUGUUUUUGUUUUACUGUACUACAAAAAACGCAAUAAAGAGUAGGUCAUUUUGUCUACA